AGCAACUUCAGAACCGAUUAAAUAUAGCAUUUAUUACCUUUUUCUGUUAUUUACAAGGAUUUUUGUUGGUUUAUUCAAAUGUGUGGCCACUGUAUUGAAUUAUUAAUGUCACUACUUAGGUGUCUCUGUGUAGAAAAGAUGCAUCACCAGGCUUGAUAGUUUUCAUUCAAAAUUCAUAGACGUUUCUGUCCUCUUCUUUUUUUGUUCAUUUGCAUCUUGAUGUGCAGUUCUCCAACUGAGGUUACAGCAGAGAAGAACCAGAGAAGAACUUGUAAGCCAGGGGAUCAUGCCAGCACUUAAAGGUUCAGCUGCCCUUCCCGAGCAGAAACGAGGGCUGGAACGAGAGCAGACUGAAGACUAUCUCAAAAGGAAGAUCAAGAGGCGGCCAGAGAGAACUGAGCUGAUCAGGAUGCACAUAUUUGAGGAGACGUCAGCAGAGCCGUCGCCUCAGGCCAAGCAGCUGCUGCUGAAGAGAGCUCGCCUUGCUGAUGAUUUAAAUGAGAAGAUCGCCUGCCGUCCCGGACCCAUGGAGCUAAUUCACAAAAACAUCCUACCAGUUCACUCCAGCAUUAAACAGGCCAUCGUAGGGACACAGUUUCCAGAAGCCUCAGAGAUGAACUCAUCAUGCGACGAGGACAGUGAUGACAGUCUGUCUCCAGGACAGCCGAUAAGCCAGGACUAUCCUCUGGGCCCAGGUGCCAUGCACUCUCCAACAGGGAAGCUGACUGGAAGCAGCGCCCCAUCUCCAACUCAGGCCCAUCCUACAGCUCUUCCUUUUCCAAUAAUCUCUGAAUCCUUCACUUCUUUGAAGCUGACCAAUGGAAAUAUGGCAUCAUCUGUACAAAGGACAGGUGUCAACUCUGACAUUAAGUCUCAGCCUAAACCAAACUCUGAAUGCUUUUCUCAGAGACACAAGAAGACCAAGGACAACAAGCCAAAGAUAAAAAAGUUAAAGUACCAUCAGUACAUCCCUCCUGACCGGAAGGGUGACAAAGAGCCUCCUCCUCAUCUGGAUUCAUCUUAUGCCAAGAUCCUGCAGCAGCAGCAGCACUUCCUGCAGCUUCAGAUCCUUAGUCAGCAGCAGCAGCACUUCAACUACCACACCAUCCUUCCUGCAACACUCAAAAAUCAGAUACCAACCUCAUCUUUCUGCUCCACCUCUUCUUCACCUCCACCUGCUGCUGCAGAAGAAGCAACACCAUGUGGCGGUUCUGCUCCUUUAGGUGGGACCAAAGCAUCUUCAGCACAUCCAAAUCUGGAUGGAAUGAAAGUUGCAGAAUUAAAGUGUGAAUUGAAGCUGCGCAGCUUACCUGUCUCUGGCACCAAAAAUGACCUCAUUGAGAGACUGAGGACCUACCAGGAACUGAACCAAGGAAUCAACACUACCUCCUCUCCAACAGCAUGGGGUACCACAGGGCCAGGGCAUGGGGGAUUAGGAAGAUCCUUCAAAACUACUGAAACCACCAACACCACUAACAGCACAUCACAAGAACAGCAGUCUCAGCACCACCAGGCCUCUUCUCUCAGUGCUGAUGCAAGCAGCAGUUUUUGUCCACCUGCUGUGACUCCUAAGCAGCUCAAGAGAUGUGGGGGCAACAUCCAUUCCCUCACCCCCCGAUCCAGCUCACCGGCUGGCCUGAGCCCAAAAGAUAUCAGCUUUAACAGCGACCCGCUCAGAGAACUGAUGAGUUCUCCACUUCCAGAGCUGAGCCUUCAGCCAUCUCCAGUGGCUCAACUUCCUGCUAACAUAAAAGAAGAGCCCCCGUGCUCCAUCCCAGCACCUUGUCAGUUCUCUUUAAAGUCUCCCUCUUUGAAGAAGCACUGCUUUGUCUCUUCAGCUGCCCUCACCACUACAGCCGCAACUCCUCUAGUGACUAUUGACAAAGACAGAAUGCUGCUGGAGAAAGAUAAGCAGAUUGCAGAGCUUACCAGGAUGCUGAGACAGAAGCAGAGGCUGGUGGAGAUGCUGAAGAUGCAGCUGGAGCAUGAGAACAGAGAAGCAACAGUUCCAGAGCCACUUAUUCUUCUAGGAGUGAAAGAAGAACCUCGGGAUCAGCAGCCGUUUUCCCCUCAAAUAUCUUCUAUUUCAAGUGAAAUGAACAUUGCUGAGGUAAAAAUUAAACAGGAAGCCCUUGAGACAGAGAUAAGCAGGUCUGAGGCAUCUGUGCAAUCAUCAGACACCUGUGGAUUAUAUCAGUCUCCCACCCAAACGCAGCAGAUGCACCUGCAACUCAAGCCAGAGCAGAACAGCAAGCAGAAAACAAAAGAACGUAUUUGUCUGCAGCAGACGGGUCUGCACCUGGCUCAGCGAAAGGCCAUACAGAACGUCCUGCUACAGCAGCAGCAGCAACAGCAGCAGACAGUUCAGAACCAGAUUCAGAGGCCGGGGCCUCAGCAGAAACAGAGUAACCUUUGUAAACAGAGACAAAAGAAAAAACUGCAUCUACAACAACAUGAGCAGCAGAAGAAGCUGCAGCCAUCACAGCAGCAACAUCAGCAGCUGAAGAAACUAAAGUCAGUGGCACUUCCACAACAGACUAAACAGCUGCAACAAAUCCAGAUACAGACCAAGCUGCACCUGAAGCAGCAGCAGAAGCUACCACAUGAGAAGCAAGAGGGGCAGCAGAUACGACAGACAUCUCAAACCAACCUCAGCCAGCAGUCAGUCUCCACUCCCUCCUUGUCACUGCAUCUUCUAAAGAGUGACCCCACCCCAACUCUGGUCAGUGACAGCAACGGCAACCACUUCCUGAUUUCACUGACCAAUCACAGGACCGGAAAUAACAGCGCUGCGACCUCUAAGGGAAAAGAAACAAAUCACAUUGUGCUGCAGAGGCUGCAGUCUACUCCUGCCAAGUUCCCAGGCCCCCUCUCUGUUCAGGUUACAGGUAGUAGAACCAACCAGCACAUGCAUCUGGGAGUUUUGAAACAGCUAAGCACAAAGACGCAGAGUGAGGCACUUCAAAAAUCUGCCCAGCAGCCACAGCAGGGAGCAGUUUGUUUGUCAGCACCACCCAGUCUGCAGCCUUUCUUCAAGGACCAGGGGUCUACACCCACAGGGAAAAAUGCCUCAUCACCUUCCACUCAAACUGAGAUGUACCCAGGUCUGGAUAUCUUGUUGAGCCCUCUGUCUCCACCAGCUGCUGCUAAGACAGCAGCUCCACCUAAUGACAAACAGGAUACAGAAAAUGCAGAUGAUUUCAUUGACAUCAUCUUGCAAGCAGGAGAAAUGUCCACCACCUUCAGACCUACUCCAGACCCCUCUCUGGACUGCCUCAAUCUGUACUCUUCUUCCCCUCCUCCCUCACCUCUACAUAUGUUGCUAUCUCCACCAAACCCUCUCAUCUGCAAUCCUCCGCAGCCCACCUUAUCUCUGCAGCCUGAACCGCAGGCUCCGGCUGACACUACAGAAGAGAAGCAACUCCUCCACCUCUCUGCAAAUGGACGCCUGGAGGAUUUCCUGGAGAGCACCACUGGAAAGCCUCUCCUUGGGGUGGAACCUGGUGGCCUUUUAUCACUGAUUGAUGACCUCCACAGUCAACUACUGUGUACUCCCAGCAUCCUGGACCAUCCUCUGUCUCCUAUGGAUACUAUUGACAUAGUGGGAGAGGGGGGCCAAAGGCUGGUCAGUACUGACUGGUCAGACACCACCAUGGGAGAAGAGAGGGAUGAGGAAGCUCCCACACUGGCCCCACUGGGCCCACAAACACCUCUUAGUGUCUUUUCCACUGACUUCCUAGAUAGUUCUGACCUGCACAUACACUGGGGCUCCUGCCUAUAGCCUGCAUGCAUUAAUACGGCUGCAGCACAGACUCAAAAUUACUCAGAAACUUGGGAUUGGAGUUGAAAUGCCAGUAUUUGAUCACAACCCUUUGUAUCAGCUCACACUCUAACAUAUUGGCACUUUGACUUGUGUACUGUAUUUGCACACUGCAGCACUGAUAUAUCUGAGCAUUUAAAAGGCCGAUCCUGUGUCUUUUCUUGCUUAUAACUGAGAUGUAUUUUCUCUUUUUUUGUUCAAAAACAUCCUUACAGUGCAAAAGUGAAUGCAGACUUGUUCUAAGCUGCCUUUUUGUGUUGAAACUAAUCAGUCUUUUUCACAGUAAAACGUUUUUUUUUUUAAAGGAAUUCAAUAACCAAAGCUGAGAUGUGAUACAUUGUGGUGUAGAGAUAUGUAGUCGGAUAUGGAGGUGUUUGACGCUGACAUCUGUAGUGUGAAAUUCUCUAUGUUUUAUGAAAAUAAACAAACAAGUGUUACUGAGAAGCUUGCAAAGGUUGCAUCACUGAAGGUGUUACUGCUAAGGUACCUUGCAGUGUCUUUUUUUUAUCUUUCUUUUUUUGUUUUUAUUUUCUUUUGCAUUGAAAAGUUUGUUUUACAUUUGGGUUAUGUAAUGCUCCUCUGAGUGUUUGAGACUAUGUCUGCAUGAUAUAACGCUAGUUUAUUGUUUUUAGCAGUAUCAACAUGGGUAGUAAAUUGCACAGACAUCUUGAGCUGAAUUGGAAAAAGAAAUUAGUGCUGCAUUUUACUCUUUCAUGCACGUUUUUCAACUUACUGGUGUGCACAGGUGCACAAGUGGAAUGCAGGGGUUGUUAUUGUGGUCCAGUGAGUAUAUAUCAAAUGAACCAAAAUUGUUAGUGUUGUGCUGGAAGAUGCUAAACGUUGUCUUGAGUGUUUUAAAUGUGAGUUAUUGCUCUACUGUAGAUACCUCAUUAAAAUUGAGCUAUAUGAUGACAUAGAUCCUUAUGGUUUAAACAAAAGAAGAUGAUAUCAAUAUCUCAAACUAUAGUGCUUUACAAAAAUUUUCAUCACAGCCGUACAGAUGAAAGCAUUUAAAAGUUUAGAUGAUGAUUCAUUUUGUGUAAAUGGCCAAACACCCGUUUUAACAAAUCCUGAAUUGUUUCUGUUUGUGUAAGUAUGCGUUUAGUUGUUUAACUAGCAACAAUGCAGGCAGCUGUCAUCAACCCAUGAGCAAUAAUUUCAUCACAAAUAAAACAGAAGCUAACAGAGAGGCACCCUACUAAGUGAAGUAAAUUGUUUACUGACCUUUAACGAAGUGAUUACUGCUAACUUUGUAAUGCUCAGCUUCAGCUCCUUUUGAUCUCUAUGAAAGGUUUGGAGGCCCCUCUCCUUGUGCUUGUGAACUCUUGGCUGGCUUUGUCUUCAUGAGAAGCUUUGAAGUAACCUUGAUCAGUUUCACGAUUCAAAUGGCCAACAACAAAACAAAUGUAUGGCAGUUUUCAUUGAGUAGAAACACACACACACUCUGGUCUACUAGCGCCAGGUUGACCACCACUUCAUGUUACACAGAACUAAUUGGGCAGAUGUGACGUCACAUGAAUACAAGGAAUUGAAAUAUGUCUUUACAACAAAGCAUGUUUUCCCAAUAUCAUGCAAUCCUAUUCCAAAACUGUUCCUGUGCUGUGUUUACUGUUUACAGUAAUUACUAGGAACCAAACUUGCAAGGUCCACUAUAUUUGGCACAAAAGAGAUUGUUGUAUAUUUGUUCUGUGAAGCCUUAUGGCCUUAUUUCUUUAAUGUAGCAUAAUUCAGCUUCAAAGUAUGUACAUUAUGAAUAAAAAAUAUUUUGUCUGA